AUGUCGUCUUCCUCGCCACCACACCACACCACUGCAGUGCCGUCGCGUCAUCUCCCACCUCCCCCAUCGGGCCAGCGGAAGCAGCAGCUGCGUUCGGAACCAACCAUGCUCCCCUGCCUCCUCUCCCUCCUGCUCCUCGCCGGCGCCGCGGCGGGGGUACAGGGCCACGACGACGCGGCGGCGAGGCGGACGAUGGAGGAGUUCGCCGGCUUCCCUGCCUCCAACGACGGCGAGGGCGGCCGCGCCUCCCCCUUGCGCGUAGACUCCGACAGCCUCCAGCGCCAGAUUGAUGAACUGGCCUCGUUCUCCGACUCGCCGGCGCCGUCGGUGACGCGUGUUUUGUACAGCGACAGGGAUGUGCAAGCUCGAAGGUAUAUUAAAGGGAUAAUGAAACAGCUUGGCCUCUCUGUUCGAGAAGAUGCCGUUGGCAACAUAUUUGGCCGCUGGGUGGGUUCUGAGGCAGAACUAGGAGCAGUUGCAACUGGUUCUCAUGUUGAUGCCAUUCCAUUUUCAGGCAAAUAUGAUGGGGUCGUUGGUGUUCUGGGUGCUCUUGAGGCAAUCAGUGUGCUACAACGGUCUGGUUUCCAGCCAAAAAGAUCCUUGGAGGUUAUUAUGUUUACAUCAGAGGAGCCUACACGAUUUGGAAUUAGCUGCUUGGGAAGCCGCUUAAUGGCAGGGAGCAAAGAACUAGUUCAAUCACUAAAAAGGACAGUUGACAACCACAAUGUAUCAUUUGUUGAUGCUGCUGACUCUGCUGGCUACAAGAUACACCCAGACGAUCUACAUAAUGUGUUUUUGAACCAAGAUGCAUAUUUUGCUUUUAUAGAAUUGCACAUUGAACAGGGCCCCAUUUUGGAAAAAGAAGGCAUCCCAAUUGGCAUUGUAACUGCCAUUGCUGCUCCUGCAAGUAUUAAGGUGGAAUUUGAAGGGAAUGGGGGUCAUGCUGGAGCAGUGCUAAUGCCCGCAAGAAAUGAUGUUGGAUUGGCGGCAGCUGAGCUGGCAUUAGCAGUUGAGAAACAUGUUUUGGAAUCAGGAUCGAUAGAUACAGUUGGAACAGUUGGUAUUCUGCAGCUACAUCCCGGAGCUAUCAAUAGCAUCCCAAGUAAAUCACACCUAGAAAUUGAUGUAAGAGAUGUUGAUGAGAAAAGAAGGAAUGAUGUCAUUGAGAAGGUUCACAAAUCUGCCAUUGACAUAUCAAAGAUCCGUGGAGUAGAACUAUCGGAAUUCAAGAUCAUCAACCAGGAUCCGCCUGCUCUGUCUGACAAAUCAGUCAUAAACGCAAUGGAAUUUGCUGCAAAACAGCUGAGCCUAGAAUACAAAUUGAUGAUAAGCAGAGCUUAUCACGAUUCACUCUUCAUGGCCAGAAUAUCACCAAUGGGUAUGAUCUUCAUUCCCUGUUACAAAGGAUACAGCCACAAGCCCGAAGAGUAUGCAUCGCCCGAGGACAUGGCAAAUGGGGUCCAGAUGCUAGCCUUAACAAUGGCCAAACUAUCGCUGGAGUGA